AUGUCCAAAAAAGAGCAUCCUGGAUUCCUCGAGGAACCGCCGGCUGCCUACCAUGCAGAAACCUCGGAAUUAGUCCCUCAAGACAGCGGGAAUCAGUUUGUGGCCCGACGCACCCUGCUCACGGCCGCCGAGCGUGCUCGACGCAACAUCAACGCCAAGCUUGCCAACCCACUCGCUGGAUACACGCACGAGGAAUUGCGGCGGCAAGGUAUCAACUUCGCGCUGCGCCAUUUCGUCGGCGAUGUGGAUGAUAUUCGUGCCUUCGAGCUGGGCGCCGUCCUGGCGCAAGCCCCGGAGAAGUAUGACCAGGUCUCGGGAUUAACAGCGCACGAAUAUGACGUUCUGCACAAGGAAUUUCAAAGCCGGUGGUCCCAGCCAUGGCUAAUGUACGUGGUUAUAAUGCUGUGCUCGCUCUCGGCUGCGGUCCAAGGAAUGGAUGAGGCGGUCGUCAACGGCGCGCAGGUUUGGUACAAGCAGCAGUUCGGCAUCGGUGGAACUGACUCGAGAUCCUCCUGGCUCGUGGGUCUACUGAACGGCGCACCGUACCUGUGUUGCGCCUUCGUCGGGUGCUGGCUGACAGUGCCCUUCAAUCACUGGUUCGGUCGCCGCGGCACCAUUUUCAUCACCUGCUGCCUUUCAGCCAUCGCCUGUCUUUGGCAAGGGUUCGUCAGCACCUGGUGGCACAUGUUCAUUGCACGUUUUGCCCUUGGCCUCGGUAUCGGCCCCAAGUCUGCCACGGUGCCUGUUUAUGUGGCUGAAACCGCUCCGCCAGCAAUUCGAGGCGCUCUGGUCAUGCAAUGGCAAAUGUGGACUGCGUUUGGUAUUAUGCUCGGUUAUGCUGCAGACCUGGCGUUCUUUGAAGUCCCCGACCAAUCUGGCAUUGUGGGCCUUAACUGGCGUCUGAUGAUGGCCUCGGCCAUGGUUCCAGCUCUUGUGGUCUGCUGUUUUGUGUUUGCUUGUCCGGAGUCCCCGCGCUGGUACAUCAGUCAGGAUCGCUACGACAAGGCGUACCAGUCAAUGUGCAGUCUGCGCCAUCACAAGAUUCAAGCAGCGCGCGAUCUCUACUACAUGCACACCUUGCUUGAGGCGGAGAACAGCAUGAAACUGGGACAGAACAAGUUGAUCGAGCUGAUUGCAGUGCCUCGAAACCGGCGGGCCUUGGUGGCGUCGGAGUUGGUGAUGUUCAUGCAACAGAUCUGCGGGGUCAACGUGAUUGCAUACUACUCGUCCGAGAUCUUCCUCGAGGCCAAUUUCUCCGUGGCAUCGGCUCUGACAGCCUCUCUCGGCUGGGGCAUAGUCAACUGGCUGUUCGCGAUUCCGGCAGUAUAUACGAUCGAUACGUUCGGCCGACGCAACCUGCUGCUGACGACAUUCCCGCUGAUGGCUCUGGCCAUGUUUUUCACCGGGUUCAGUUUCUGGAUCCCCGAGACGGACCAUACGGCGCGCAUCACCUGCGUGGCAUUGGGCCUCUACGCGUUCGGCGUCGUCUACUCGCCCGGCGAAGGGCCGGUUCCCUUCACUUACUCAGCUGAGGCAUACCCGCUUUACGUGCGGUCGUACGGGAUGGCGCUCGCAACGGCGACGACCUGGUUCUUCAACUUCACCUUGGCCAUCACCUGGCCCUCGUUGCAGAACGCGCUGUCCCCGCAGGGCGCUUUCAGCUGGUACGCCGGCUGGAACGUCGUGGGCUGGUGGCUGGUCCUCAUGUUCAUGCCAGAGACCAAGGGCAAGACCCUCGAGGAGCUCGACCAGGUGUUUUCCGUACCCUCGCACUUCCACGCUGCCUACGGUCUGCGCCAGAUCCCCUAUUUUAUCCGGCGGUAUCUCCUGAGGCAGGAUGUCGCGCCGGAGAUCCUUUACCAGCGCGAGGAAGAACCAGGCGGAGCUAACAGGCAUCUUGUGUAG